AUGCAAACCUGCCAGCGCAAGGAAGCAGAGAAGCGCCUGUCCUACCUCGGCCUCGAGUGCAUCCACCUUCCCGACUUCGCCAUGACCAAGCCCAGUGGUCCACAUGUACCUAUCCUUGCUCCACCGCCUGACCUCCUCAAGACGCGAAAGCGAUUGAUUGUACUGGUAAACGACACCAUGCAAGAUCUAGGCAUCCUGGCGUAUAGACAGUUGCAGCGGGAACUCGGCAUCAACGGUGGCUCAGUCGUCAACUUUGCCAAGGAGAUGGUCAAGUGCUCGGACACUGACAACACCGCUGAAAGGGACGCGAAGAUUUUCAAAGAUGGUCAUGUUCUCCAAGACAAGACUACCACUCCUGCUUUGAUUGUCUUGAACGCGGGCCAGCUGCUGUACUCGCACAAGUACGACCAGGCCAUGACUCUACGCAGUUGGUCCGCCAUGCCACGCAAGUCAAUCGCCCACGACAUGGUCCGCAUCCGUGACAACGAGAACCGUGUUCCAGGUCAUGAAAAUGCCAAGAAACAUGUCAAGACUGUCUUUGACGAAGUCAUCUGCAACCCCGAUCGUGUUGCAGCCGACGCAGAAGUCUACGUCAUCGCUAUUGAAGACGGAACGGAGAGUAUCUUGAACCUGCUCACGCACGACUGUACGUCUCCUGGCCCUGCUUUCACCUGA